UCGAGAUAAAUGGAUUAUACGCUUUUUUAAGUUUCCAUUUUGCGGUCACUUCAGUUUACAUCUCCACAAAAUGGUAAAAGAAAUAUUAAGAAACAUCACGAGAGCUGAAAACUUUCAAAGGCAUGUUUCUGAAACUCGCUAAUGCUGACAUCAAUAUAGCGUGCUUGCUGAAUGGGCGAAAACACAGAAUUGUGAUCACAAGAUCAUGUACAAAUUUAAUGAUAAAAGCUUAGCAAGAUACAAAUACAAACAAAAGCAAACCCCCUGAAACCUCGACGUGGGCUACACUUGUAUGCUCUACUCAGUCACCAAACCUUGUCAGUAAUAGCUCCUAUUUUCCUCAAGUCGCUCUCUGUGAAGCUCCCGGAUGGGAUGUCCCGGUGAAGCUUUAAACUUGUGUGCGAAAUUCUCAGAGUCCCUAUUUUUGUCCGUGUCUUCUUUAUCCUCAGUAUCCGAAAUUUAGACCUCCAAAGUGGCGUGUGUUGCAUUAAAUAGAAGGAAAUAUUUAAAGGAAAAGCCAGUCUUCUAACAUGGCAAAGUUGUCACGUCCCUCGCUCAUGGACGUGCGUAGUGCCAUCCAUCGGCAACUGAGUUGUUCGCUUCACUGACUACGGAGACUUACAAUCAAGUCUUCAGUCAUAGUGUCGUCAACUGGUGAAAUACCUUGCUCAUAAAUUGUGCUUCUUAAUUGCUCAUGUACUACAUCGAUCGAUAAUUCUCUCUUUGAGUUCACGAAGCGGCCACGGCGUUCCAAACCUGACGCUCACAGUCAUCUUUUAGUGUGAACUACCGUGAACGGCGUGUCGGUUUGAAUGCAACGCGAGCAUUUCUCUGAGUUUCCCAGCGCCAACAUCAUCUAACUGACUUAAACUCGAGCAAUAAAAGAAUUAUAGAGUGACUCCCAUGAUGGAAUCGCUUCGAACAAAGCAAAUAGCCUUCUUCAGGUUCGCAACGCUUUGUGGGUUUUUCAGGGGGAGCGCAGACGAGGUACAAAAAGUAUCCGUGCAAGGGUUCGUGCAAGAGAAAAUCAUAUGAAACCAUUUGUGAGAACAUCGUUUCUCGGUACCAGACCCUCGUGUCUUCCCUCCCCCGGGAGGCCGUUUUUUGCCGCAGACGACCGAAAGCCCAUUUUAUGACUGGGCCGCACAGGCAGCCCAGUAAUUAUCGCGUUGAAACUGACCAAACUUUGACAAUUCUGCUUGCCGAAUCUAUUGGGCUGAUCGUGAGAUGCCUGAGAUGCUGGUAUAUGUACCACUGAGCGUACGUUGCUACAAUGAGUAAAUAUACUUAUUAUAAACUAGUAAUAGUUGACACUACAGCUGCCCCCGUUCUGUAUAUUGUCGGUCAAUAGUAUUCUUGCUGGUUGUGUAGCUCUUUGAAAUAUACCGAUUCAUAAUGAAGAUUUUCACACAUAUUCCAUACAAUAGGUUAGAUAAAUACAGGAAACGCAAGGUUCCAUGCUCAGUUUCAGCUCGAUUUACACAGCUUUGAUCAAAACAUUCUCAGUUUCGAGCAUAGUUUAUUCUAAACCAUAGGAAAAGAUUUAAUUAGAAGUUGAAUUUUUCGCUAUUUCUCUUUCCCUUUUUACAUUCAGUUCAUUUUAUUUGCCGGAAAGUAAGCCUUAGAAAUUAAAAGGACGUUUGAUCGAUUCAUGCUCGCACAUUCUAGUCUCAUUUGAAACUUUAUAACGGAAGGACAUCUGUGAGCAGGGAAUAAGUCAGCACAGAAUUUGAUUGUCGGCGAAUUUUUGUAAAUGUCCAUCAAUCUGCUAGUGAUAAGCUAGCCGUUGUUUACUCGUCUUGCUUGUUUGGGGCUGAGUCUUAUUCCGAUCAAAGAGAGAGAAAGAGUGUCUGGCAAGGUUUCCAAUAUAAAUCAAAGAUUUGUGAACUCGUGUCUGGCAAACUCUCUCCAAGUGUUUAUAUAUACACAGUUAAACGCAGCCACCUUAUAAACUCUCCUGCGCUUAACGAGUGUCUUUUGGUCCAUAACUUUCAAAACAACUGUUACGAAGCAAGAGUGUAGCGUGUUUGUGAGAUGGCGUGAUUUUACUCCUUUUAAACUUUGUUAUUUUUAAAUUAACAACAUAACUGAGCGAAAGAGAACUUGCUGACAGAUCGGAUUAAAACCUAAAGCUUAUAGAUUCAAGAAAGUCACGAUUUCGUGUAGUGUGUGAGCGAGCCAUUGUAAUGUGAGGACUGAAGCUGUGACACAGCUCCUGUAAGUACGUGCAAUCAGGGUGUAAUAGGUAUAGAGAUUUUCAAACAGUACUACAGUAUGCGUACAUUAUGUAAAACCAAUUCAUUGUGUAACGUUUUGUUUCUGAAUUGAAGAGGCGAGUUGUAAUUGAACAGACACGAUUUCUUAGUGCCGUAUUUUUGUGUAGUAAAUUUUAGUCAGAGUAUAUUUAAUACGCUGGAGUAAAUUUUUGCGGGAAAAUGUUUUCGUUAUUUUUUUUUUUUUUUUUUUUUUUUUGUGGGGUGGGGAGGGGUGAAUGUACUGU